AAAUUUCAAGUGUUUUAUUGAAACCGUGUUUUAAUUGUGAAAUAAAUUUACAAUUAAUUUAAUAAUUAAUUAAAACAUGAAUUCAUUGUCUUUAAUGCGUUUUGUGGCCAAAAAUGGCUGUAAUCCAUUGAUUGCGAGACAAUUAUCACUCCAUUCGGUCCGAUGUAUGGCCGCGAAGCCGAUGGCGAGUCCGCUGUCCGUCCAGAACCGGCCGAAGAGCGGCGAAUCGACGACAACAGCUCUUAUCGCCCGAUCGUUACAACAGUCACCACAACAACUGUCCACCAGAUGGUCGUCAUCGGCGGCCCAGAGUCACAGUCACGCAAAACUCUGGUCAAUCGAGCGGUACGUCUCGAUGGCACUGUUGGGCGUAAUACCGGCCGCUCUGGUCGUACCGAAUCCGGCGCUCGACUACCUGCUGGCCCUCUCACUCGUGGCGCACAUCCACUGGGGUCUGGAGGCCAUUGUCGUGGACUACAUCCGGCCGUCGAUCUUCGGCGCUUUUAUACCCAAAGUAAUGGUGGCCUACGUAUACAUGCUGUCCAUCGCGGCGUUGGCCGGACUUUUCUACUUCAACUACACGGACGUGGGCUUAGGUGUGGCCAUACGUAUGGCCGCUAAGAUGUGA